AUGUUCGACGAGGUUCUGGUCCAGCGCGUAGGCCAGGAUGUUGAGCUUUAUUUUGAAGCUCCGGUAAGACUUUUUCAAGCUAAUUUCACAUAAAUACUAGCUUUGACUGCGCGAAAAUGUUGAAGGAAAAAAAUUUCGAAAAAUCUUGAAAAACUUUAACUUUUCAUAUAUAUUUAUCCUUAUUUGAAGAAUAAAACCUUUUAAUUACGAAUAAAUGUUAAUUCAAAAUUUCAGGAAUACCGCCCUAAGCCGCGACUGCGGCAACCAGACCGCGGUGAGUUUUUUUUUUUUUGAUUAAACUGAAUACCUCAACUUUGCGAGAAUUCAAGCUUCUACUUUGCGAAAUAGCUCGCACUUUUCUUUUAGUAGACACAUGGGAAAGCUCUCACGCAUCAGAAAGAAUAGUCGAAGAAGAGAAAAAAUGGCGAGAGUUGGACGCCUGAAAUUAAGAAAAGUUUAUGCGUUUCAGCACAUAAUGAAAAUCAUAGAGUUUUCUAAAAAUGUAUUUUUUGACCACCGUAAUAAAAAAACAUUUUCAGCGCCUCCCGGAAAGAGUGGUGGACCGUGCUUUGGCCGCCCACGAGCAGCGUAUCCGCUACUUCCUGGAUACGCUGAAGGCCAGGACUCAGCACGGAGGUACAGAAUAGUUUCAGAAGUAUCAGUCUUUCUCACGAUUCUCAGCUAACUUGACUAAUCCAACUUUUCAAGCUCGCAGCAAAAAACGGUUCACGACUUUUUGCUCAAAUUCAAGAUAGGCUGCAAAGCUUCUGGAAACUUGGAAAUUUGUAAACAUGAUAAGGAAGACGAAAAAUUCGUCCAAAAUGAGAAGAAAAGUCUUUAUCCACUCUACGAGUUGAUUAUUAUUAGUAGGUAGGACUUUUUUUGAUCAAAUACGGAGAUUUCGAGUAUGAAAAUAUUUAAUAUUGAAUUGCUUAAAAAAAUAUAUAAGAUCCACAUCAGUACCUGACUAGGACAAAGCUUACAGCUAGAAGUAUUCCAUCGAAAAAAAAAAUGAAUGAAUGAAACGGAUUUGACAACUUUUCGCCCUCUUUCAGCUAAUAUCAAGUCUGUCAACUAUUCAAAAUUGACUCAACGAUGGAAAAAAACAGCGAGACCAGUGAAAUUUGAAUUGAAAAGAAAAAAAUCCCAGCUCUUUUCUAUGAACUUUUUUUUUCCAUAAACAGAAUAUAUAAAGCUUUUGGAGCGUCCUAACCUCGAGAACCGGAUAUAGUUUUUUUUUAAUUCAGGCUCAGACCUUGGUAACGCGAAUGGGACGCGAAUCGGACGUGUCGGGGCGUUUCUAGUGACCGCUUUAGUAGCCUCAGAACUCUCAAGUGAUCCCUAGAAUCGCGCAGAAACGUCCGGAGCACGUCCGUUUCGCGUUACCAAUGUCCAAGGGAGAUCUUAAAGUGCAAUUUAGCGAAAUAUCAUCAUAAUUUCAACCGGGGACUGAAAAAAAUGUUCCCUAGUGAGAAAUAAAAAAAAAUCAAUAUCAUAGAUAAAAAAAAUAUUUAAAACCUUUUUUCAGCACCACUGAGAAAGGACGCCGGUACUGAAACCGUCGAGGCGUGGGCAGAAGAAAUGGAGAAAAAGGAGGAGCUCAAAAAUGAGCUCAAAGAAAGAGACGAAGAGUUGAGGUACGAAUUUAUCAGAAGCCCAAAUAAGAACUGAAUAAACUAGAAGAUGAAACUAAGUCUUAUACAGAAAAAUAAUCAUUUGAUUCUGAAACACAACCGAUUUUUUGAAACAUCGAGUUUCGCAUAAAACAAAAUACUACUUUUUCGAAAAUUCGGUUUUUUUAAAAUUUUUAUUUUUUAACUGAACCGUAUCAAUCAGAAGCUGUAUCACCUUGGAGUAAAAAUAUUGAUUCGAACUGCAAGAAUUCCCAAAAAUUUUGAACAGAGAAAAAAUUAUGAUAGAAAUGAUGUGAUUGAAAAAUUAUUAGCUCGCGAUUUUGAGCAAGUGUAUCAUCAAAAUGAGAAGAAACCAAUCUGAGAAAAAUAUUCAGAGAAAAAAAAAUUGAAGUCACCAAACAGUUGAAACCUCUCAAUCAAUUCAAUAAUGUUAUAGGGUGGAAAAGAAGAAGACGACGGAGGCGAAAGCCGAAAACGGCCGUCUGACGGUCAACCUGGCCCAGACGACCCUCGCGCUGGGAUGUUCCUUGGCCAGAGGUCAUUUCUCUUUUUCAUGAAUUUAUUAAUAAAAUCAUUUGCAGAAGAAGUCCUGCGCCAGGAACUUCAACUUCUCCGCGCCAGGCUCGCCCAAGCCGAGGAGGAGAAAGGCAGGCUGGCUGCCCAACUCCAGGUUACUUUAAAACUGAAAUAAUCACCUGUAUAAGUUUGGGAGAGCAGUUAUUGCUUAAAAUACAUCAGAUUUGACUUCAAAACAUUAUCGAAUUUUUCUGAAGCUCUUUUCUAUCUCAAUCACAGCUGAUGUGUUGAAAUAGUCAAUAGUCAAGCUCUUUAUUACAACAUUUACUCCUUUCGGUAGUAUGAAAAAAAAAAGGCCAGCAAAAAUUCGAACGGCGACUUUUCCGAUUUUUUCAUAUCUCUAGGGAACUUUUCGACGGAGAUGUUUCCGACUUUUUAAACUCUUAUUUUUAAAUGUUCCUACAUGAAGUAGGUAAUCGAUCCAUGAUUAAAACACAAAAAUAACAAAAAAUAUGAAUAAAUGCUCUAUAAACCGAAAAAAAUGAAGAGAAAAAAAGUCGGAUAGUUACCCUAGAGAUAUAAAAAAAUCGGAAAAGUUUUAGUUCGAAAUAUUGUUGCCUUUUUCAUAGUAACCUCCUUUCAAGUCUGGAAUAAUUGAUCUAUUUCGGUUUUCGCGAAAAAAAAAACCUUGACGAGAACUUUUGAAAUAUGAACUUCAUUAGUAAAAGGAAAUAUUUAUUUUUGGAGCCUUUUUUUAAUUGGACGAGUUAUCAGAAACCAAUAAAAAAUAGAAAAAGAAAUCAAUUUGAACAAAUUUAGGCCGCCGUCCAGGCCCUCGACAUUCCCGUCGAAGCGGAGCUGGUGAGAUUUUCUUUUUAAAUAAAAAUUUUCUCGUACUAGUUGCCAUUAAAAUGUGAAAGAUCUAUACCAAAGUUCAGAGUUUAAAUUCCAGAGCAGAUUCAAAAAUCAGACUUUUUUUCACAUUUUUCCGUUUUUAUAUUAAGCCUUUGAAUUCAAAUAUAUAUAUAUAUAUAUAUACAAACAUUUUGGUAAAUAAGCAACGUAGUGAAUAAUUUAAGGCCGCCGAGAUCCAGCCGCAAGAGGACGAAGCUGAGCCUCUUCUCCGCCCUGAAGUGAGGAUUUUUUUUCAUGAAAUUUUUAUUAGCGAAGUUAGCAAAGCUGUCGCGAGCACUAUGGGCACUGCACGUUAUGAAAAAAAUUCCUUCAAGAGUCCUUUCAAGAAAGUUCAAAUCUCUGUCUCGACAUGAAAUUAGCUCUUCGAUAAUUCUUUUCGAAAUUUCAAAGUUCUGUAUGAAAAAAAAAGACAACCGACGUCGGCGAUUAACUUUCAUACCAAAACCUUCAAAAAAAGCUUAAUUGAAUUAUCCAACUAAAAAUACCCAUCUGAAGGAAACUUGAAGUAUCACGAAUUCCAACUGCGAAAAUUUAAAAGUAAUGACAACAACGGAAAAAAUCGGCUUCUAGACCAAAUAUUCUUUUGGAAAAGCAACUAUGAGUGGCGACCUCUGCCAAUUUGUAAAAGUUUUCUAAAUCACAUUUAAUCAAUUACGUAGCUGGUCUAGAGAGAGCUUCAGUCUCUCUUUCGAAUUCCCUUUUCGGAGCCUUUUCUAAUAAUUUCGAUUUAAUUUUUUUAUGCAGUGUUCAAUUUGAUUACGCGAAAUGCAAAACACCCGUUAGAGAAAGAAAAAGAUUACUAAAUUUUUGGAGAGUCAGAAAUCAUUUUGCAUUUCGCGGAAUCAAAUUAAACACGGCAUUAUACUUUCUAAUUUUUCUCAAUAUAAUAUCGAAGUUAGCCGAAAUCCUUUCUUUAACAGAAUCGUGAUAAAAAAAGCUGUUUCUAUAACAUAAAAUCUUUCGAUUUCGAAAAAGUUUCAAGCUUUUCAGAGCUUUCAUUAAAUUACUCUUAACGAAUGUUCGUGUUAUUGUUAUUGAACUGAAAUAAUGAUAAUUUUUUUGAUAAUUUUUUUCUUUCAGAAGUAGGUGAAAAAAAGCUCGAAAGCUAUUUAAUUUUUUUAAGCUACUUUGAAAAAAACUUUUUCAAACAGAUAAUUCAUUAUGUAAAGCUUUUGCUAUUCGAAUCAGUGUACCUGAGAAUUUUCGAGUGAAGGUAAAUUGGAAGACCUGGCGUUGUGGUUUCUGAAAAUGAGAUCGGAAUUAAAGGAAUGGAAAACAUUUUCUCGAACUUUUUAUUCCUUUGAAUAAAAUCAGGGCUACGGAAAGAGUUUAUAGAUUAAAAAGAGAGAGAAAGAAAGUUUUACGGAUACUUCAUAUUCUUCCAACUUAAAAAUCAACAGAAAAACAAAUUUAGAUGGACCAGGCAAGUCCCAGGAAGCGGAGAAGAAGCUCUUCUUCCCACUCGGACGGACCCUCCGUAAAGAGGUCGCGAAGUGGAGAGAGCGGAGAAGAAAGCCCGGACGUCUUCCGCACGCCGGAGCGUGGCUUCGAGCAUGCCAGAAAUGGCCACGACCCCACUCCGGGCCAAGAACAAGGAGAAGAAGAACGGGAGCCGGAGUUGGAAGAAGAGGACGAGGUCGUCCCGGAGAGCGACCAAGAAGAGCUCGCCGAGUCCUCUUCUUCCGGCACAACAUCGCCGGCACCGUCGACCCCGCCACGAUCUCCGCAGCCGCCUGCGACGCCACCAAGGACGCCGCCAGCUCAGCCAACGAGACGGGUUAGUUUUCAGGGAAAAAUGGUCAUCAAUCCUAAAUAAGAAUCUUGAACCAUCCAGUCAGGGAAAACGUAGAUGCAAAAAUCAUCCUAAACAGCUUUCCUUCUCGAUACUGGCAAUCUACUUGAUAACGCAGUUUUUUUUUGAAUAAAAAGUGUUUGAAAUCACAAUUAUCAAAAUCGAAACACGCGUAGAAAAAGAAUCACAUUCAUCGUUUUGUCUUCGCGCAUGAAUCUGAAAUGAAAAAAAGUUGGAAAUUGCUAAAUAAUAUACCUGAAAUCAGUUAUUGGAUAACUAGUUUUUUUCAGUUUUUUUGGAAUCGCGAUGAAAAGCUAUAACUCAUUUUAAUAAUGAAGUUUGAAAGAAGCGCAAAAUUCCGAUCCAUCUCCGAAAAUUCCGAUCCAUCGAUACUCCAUAGGAAUUCAAAAAUAAGUAGAACAUGAUCAAAGUGAACUGAGAUAUAACACCUAUGAAUGCAAGAAGUCUGCAUCUUUAAAAUAAUAGAUUUGAAAACAAGAUCACUCAUGAGAAAAUUAUUCGAAAAAAAAAACUUUUUGAAAACAAAAGCUUAUUUUGCGCUACUUUUUUAAACAUUAAGCGGCUAUUCCAAAAGAAAGACUAGAAGUAUUACUUUAAAUCGUAGGCUUACUAGAAACAAAGAAAACCGGAAGCUAAACUUUCUAGGAAAAAUUCUAGGAAAACGAGCAAUUCUCUGUGAAAAAAUCCGACAUUUAUUAAGUGGUUUUCUUUAAUUCACCAGAGUAUCUCUAUUUUUUUCUUUGGAUCAACUUUUUUUAAAUAAUCAAAGAACAAUGAAAAAAAAAAUCAAUCAUAAUAAACAAAUUAUGAUUGAAUUUUUUUCAAUAUCAGAAAAGAAAAAAGUUUGAAAAAAAGAAAAAUUAAAAAUAAACACCAACCUUUUUCUUCUUUAAACUCAAGCUGCUUGCGUUUUCAUUUACUCAUCACACAUGUUUGAGACAGUACCACGGCGGCCGGUGGCCGGUCAAUAUUGCGCAGUCAGUUUCGAAGCCAGGAAAUUUUUUUAAUUCUCUUUCUUUUUUGCAAUUUGUUAAGGACCUAUUUCUCGAGGUUACAAGAUAAGUUACGUCACAAAAAGUACACAAGAUUUCAUUUUAUUAUUGAAAAACCUAUCCAAAAUACCGUAAUACGACCGGCCACUUAAACCGGCGUGUCAUAGACUACAAAUUACAGCCCAAUUCAAUGAUUUUAAAGAAAAUUCGAAUCUGUAAAUGAUUACGAAAAACGAAGCGAUAUUCAAAAAAAAAAUAAUAAAUUCUCAUGGAAAAAAGCGAUUUUUGUUCCGAAUUCGAGCAAAGUACUUCAAAAAAAGCCUCAUAUAUUAUGAAAAAAAUUCACGAAAGAUUUUUCAAAAACUAUUACUUUAAACAUUAGUUACAGGUGGCUAAGCUAAAUGAAAAAAAAACCUUUUGGAAAAACGAAAGUCAGAGAGCAAAAAAAUUCGAACGAAUUGAUUAUUCUUUCAAUUAUUUGAAAAAAAAACAAGAACGAUAACUGGAAAAAAAAUUAGAUUGGAUUGGUUUCAGUAGUUUCGUUCCGUUUUUUUCUUCUUUUGAAUAUAUGAAAACAAACGAUAUCUUUUCAGCAACGGCGCGCCCAGGCGGUCAUGGGGGUCCUCAAAAGGUCGAGCAGGAUCGGCAACAAGCUCCCUGGCCCCCAGCCCAAGCCGCCGGUGGACGCUCAGCCGAUCGCGCUGGCAGUUCUGGCGCCGCUGACAGCCGCCGAAGUCAGCGCGACGAUCAAGAAGAGACUGGCGGACUACGACAGCGGGGUUUACAUCCAGAACCUCGCUGUCGUGGUCAAGUUGGGAAGGCACCUCACGACGACACGCAGACUCUCGAGGAACCUCCCGUCGUCCAACAAGGACUUGCAAGACCUCGAGAGUCUGAAAGAGAGUCUCUCUCGGCUGUUUUGA